CUUUCGGUUCACGUUGCUUACUUCGUGGUUUUCUAACGGGUUCCUGGCUGCCCUUGGUUCCAACCGAUCCUACGAUCGUUCGUUGGUUCGCUGCAGCCGAAAGUCGCUGCCAGGAUUGCAGAACUUGGACGAAGACCAUCGAAAACGAUGGCAGCGAGAGGAGCGAUCUGCCUGCUGCUGCUGGUGACAUUGACCCUGAGGGGCUCGCAGUGCAGCGCGAGAUACGUCGCGAAAGUGAAGACAAACGCAUCAGAGCUCUUCAGGACGAGGGGGGAAAGUCUGAGGGUACUCGACGGACCGAUCGCGGCCACGCGAAGUCCAUUACACCAGGAGGCAAAGUCUGUCUUUCAGAACAGCAAUCAAAGGAUGAUCAAGGACUUCCCCAGGAGCGAGGACGAGUCGAUUAACGGAUUUGAGACGUCCACCUUCAAUCCGGACGUGUUGAACAAGUUCCUGGAGGAGUACGCGAGUAAGAUCAAGAGCAGCACGGACAAGUAUCAAAGAUAUCCGUUCAGGAUCGUGAAACCUGCCGAAGCUCUGUCCCUUGAGGUGGAUGAUCAAACUACUACACAGUCGACUAAUACGAGUUACGAUCAAAAUAUUAAGGACGAGGAGGAUACUAUAAAUUCUACGUCCACUGAAGACGGGUUAAGCGCGACGUUGAACGACACCUUGAAGAGGAACAAGUAUUACGGAGCGAAUUCGCACGAAGAUAGAAAUGGUUGGGUUACCUUGGAGGCAAUACCAUGGUCGAAAAGCAAAAUUUCUAAAUGGCAAGCGACUCCAAGUACGCAGCGGCCCUGGCCGGAAGUGAAACCAUGGGACAAACCGAGCAUUGGGAAACCUUGGGCCUCGGAUUACUCUGUCAGGCCAAUCUACGAGAACAAUAAGCCAUGGUAUGAAAAGCCAAAACCAACUUGGCCAGAGAACACCAACGAGAAACCAUGGCAAAAGCCUACAACUCGUCCUGCUUACUAUACCGAAAAGCCUGAAGAAACUCAGGCUCAAAAGUGGCCCCCUGAGAGGCCGUCUUGGAACAAUUAUUCUGACCGUCCAAAUAGCGACAUAAUUACCGACAAUCGUCCAGCCAAUUUCCCAAGUAACUGGAACAGACCUCAACCAACGAAACCGAGUUAUCAAUAUUUGGAUAGAUACGCUGAUAAAAACCAAGGAGAAGAGAGUAACGAUUGGCAUGAUUUUCCAACGAGAUUCGACGAUCGUCUGCGGCCUCCCACGGAGAGACCAGGAUUCUCUCAGUAUCAAUAUGUAAACAAUCAUCCACAGAGCUAUCCCGGAAACGGGGAUGGGCAAUGGGUAUUGCUGUCGACGAACAGAGGCUACUCCAAGUCCAGACAAAGGUCGAUGAAGAUAGAUUCGAUAGGUCAAGUACAGAACGUUACUAAGAGCGUGGAUAGAAAAGAGGAAGAACCUGAUCCAGCGAUCGCCGUGGUCACGUCGAAGAGACAGGUCAGGUUGACGGUGUUACCGUCGAUCAACGGCACAAAUACGACAACAUCGCACGGAGGUCUUCUGGAAGUGGAAAAGACCUUCAAGAGCGUGGACCAGAGCCGAAGAGAGUACGAAAUGGAGAGGCAAACGGUACCGAUGAUUCUAAGGAAGAGACCUAUCAGAAACACGUUAGGAAAUCAAGCAUCUAGCUCUGCUGUCUUGGCUGCUGUCGGUGCUGGAAUAUUACCGGCAACGAUGGCGAUGAUGAUACCCAUGUUUCUUGGCCGACGAAAGAGGGACCUAAUGACUUCUGGAUCAAGGCUUCUCAAUGAGGAUGAUACAGUGACGAAUAUUCGCGAUCUCAAUCCCACGAACGAACAUCGAGUCCGUGGAACGAGACUACGAUAGGUAAACCAAUCUAGAGAAAUAAACUCUCUGACAAUUCGUGGGAAUAGGAAUGAGAAUAGAAGAUAUAAAUAAGAGAAUUUAGCAAGAAAAAGAAUUUAGAAAAAAUAGAACAGACUUCGGAUAGAAAAUAUAAAAAGUAAAUUAACAUACUAGAGUUUAAGAAAAUGUACAUGAUAGAUCUAUACACAUAAUUUUAAGUAUCUAUUCCGUAAGUGCUUUACUUUUUAUUUGUACGUUAAUCAGGUUCUCUAUGAUAGUUUAGUAGCGGUUAGUUGAAUUUUCUCAUAGAAAAACGAAUGUGUUCUUUCGGAUAGAAAAAUUAGAUUUUUAUUACUAGUUUCGUUCGUAUAUAUGACAUAUACACACAUGUCAGGGUAUUAUGUAGACAUGCAUCUUAUUUAUUAUUUAUUUAUUUAAUCAUAUGCGUAUUUAUAACAUACUUUACAUUUCGUCGUUCGCUUAAAUACUUAAUAAAAAGCAUAAGUACCAACGAAAAAUACGAUCGAAGAACGAAAGAGUCACUUGGAGAAUAAAAAAAUAGAACUUUUCGUUGAAAGUUUAUCAAAACCUUUAGCGUUCCCUAAAAAACGUUUCUAUAAUUCGGGGAAAGCGUUCUUGGAAUAUAUCUUUUAAUGGAAAUUAGAUUCUAUGCGAGAAAUCCUAUUCCUUAACAUUUAUUUUUAAAGCUUGUCGUACUCAUUCGCGUCCAGGAAAAACUCUUCCUCUUCUCUUGAUCCCAAUUGCACGAUAAAAAUUUUAAUGAAACUAUAGAUUAAUAAAUGGAUGAAGCAACAUUUCUAAGAAAGUUUGCAAAAAUUAUGAUUCUACGCAAUAAGAAUUAUUUAAAACAUAUAGAAAGAGCAGUUCUCUUCAUCGUCAGAGUAUUAUACUAACAGAGGGUGAGCUGUCUGGUUCUACGAGCUAAAAUAACUUCAUCAUUUUCGUAACAAAGAAGAAAUGUUCAUUUCCAAACAAAAAGAAACACCCUUCUUCGAAUAUUAUGUAAUGUUAAUAUAAUAUAAAAUGUCAAAUUAUAAUAUAAAACAUUUAUAUUAUAAAAAUGUUAAAGGAA